CACUAUUUUUCUUUAUUACGCAGCAUUUUUAUAACUAUUUCCAGAUGUUUCUAAAGAUGAAAACAGAAUUAAACUCCAGCCUGAUCCGUUUCUGAGGUUCCUGACUCUGAACGUCCCUCAAACGCCUCUCUGAUCGUUUCCUUCCGUCGCUUUUACUUUCGCUUUCUUGAAUGUUGUGGCGUAGUUGAUCGUCUCCAUGUUAAGCAGCAUGGAUCAGUGUGAGGACAGAGAGGAGGGAGUCCCUCCCUCUAAAAGCACUCUGUGUGGGGAACAUGAGAGCCAGACCAAAGCUCAGAGGAACCCACCUGGACCUCCACCCAGCUCUGUGUCCUUACAGAGUGACGCGUCUAAAGAUGUCUUCAUUGAUUUUAAAGUCUCUGCUGCAGAGAGAGGUCAGAGGUCACAGUCUGCAGGAUCCAGCUGUCCAUCUGUGAGGAGUGACCGGUCCAAACAUCACCCUCCAGUCUUCAGUGGUGAACCUGGACCAACGAGAGAGAGGAAGAGGAAGAGGAGUGGUGUUUGUGAAGAGGAGCAGCUGUCCUGCUGUGCUUUGUGUCAGGACGUCCUGAAGGAUCCAGUCUCUACCAGCUGUGGACACUGGUUCUGCAGACAGUGCAUCUCCUCAUACUGGGACCAGUCUGCUUCAUCAGGAGACUCCUCCUGUCCCCAGUGUGGAGAAAGAUCCAGAAGCAGAGCUGGACUGCAGACAGCCAGUCAGAGCAGCUGUGUACAAACAGAUGUUGGUCUGCAGGAGGUUUUAGAUGAACAUAAGAUCAGUCUGAGGAGGAGAUGUGAACGUGUGACUGAAGGAAGUGAUGAAACAGGGAGUAGAACCCUCUUCAACAGGAUCUACACUGAGCUCUACAUCACAGAGGGACAGAGUGAAGAGGUUCAUACCCAACAUGAGGUGAGGCAGCUGGAGACAGCUUCCAAGAUGGACGGCCUCCAUGACGCUCCAAUCAGGUGCCAGGACAUCUUUAAAGCCUUACCUGACCAACAGAGACCCAUCAGAGUGGUUCUGACCAACGGCGUGGCUGGUGUUGGAAAAACCUUCUCAGUGCAGAAGUUCACUCUGGACUGGGCAGAGGGCUUGGAGAACCAACAUGUCAGUGUGGUGGUUCUGCUUUCAUUCAGGGAGCUGAACCUGAUCAGAGAUGAGCAGUACAGUCUUCUGGAGCUGCUCCAUGUUUUCCAUCCAACAUUACAGAAGGUCACAGCAGAGAAGCUGGCUGUCUCUCAGCUUUUGUUCAUCUUUGACGGCCUGGAUGAAAGCAGACUUUCAUUGGAUUUCACCAACAGGAAGCUGCUGUCUGAUGUCACACAGAAGUCAUCAGUCAGCCAGCUGCUGACAAACCUCAUCCAGGGGAAUCUGCUUCCCUCGGCUCUCGUCUGGAUAACUUCCCGACCUGCAGCAGCCAAUCAGAUCCCUCCUACAUGUGUUGACAGGCUAACAGAAGUACGAGGCUUCACUGACGCCCAGAAGGAGGAGUACUUCAGGAGGAGAUUCAGUGAUGAAGAGCUGUCCAGCAGAAUCAUCUCCCACAUGAAGACAUCCAGGAGCCUCCACAUCAUGUGUAGUAUCCCAGUCUUCUGCUGGAUCACUGCUACAGUUCUGGAGCACAUGUUGACUACAGAGCAGAGAGGAGAGCUGCCCAAGACCCUGACUGACAUGUACUCACACUUCCUGCUGGUUCAGACAAAGAGGAAGAAGAACAAGUACCAUGAGGGACAUGAGACGAGUCCACAGGAGCUGACGGAGGCUGACAGGGAAGUUCUUCUGAAGCUGGGGAGGCUGGCGUUUGAACAUCUGGAGAAAGGAAACAUCAUGUUCUACCAAGAAGACCUGGAGCAGUGUGGUCUGGAUGUGACAGAGGCCUCGGUGUACUCAGGAGUUUGUACAGAGAUCUUCAAAAGAGAGUGUGUGAUCUUCCAGAAACCAGUCUACUGCUUUGUUCAUCUGAGCAUUCAGGAGUUUCUGGCUGCAGUCUACAUGUUCCACUGUCACACCAACAGGAAGUCAGAGGUGCUGAAGAACUUCCUGGAAAAUAAUCCAGAUGAUCCUUACUAUUACAUUUUAUUUUCGGAUGAUUUACUGAUGAGAGUCAUGUCUAAAUCCCUCCAGAGUAAAAAUGGCCACCUGGACCUGUUUGUUCACUUCCUUCAUGGCCUCUGUCUGGAGUCCAACCAGAGACUCUUAGUAGGUCUGCUGGGUCAGACAGAGAUCAGUCCAGGAACCAUCCAGAGAGUCAUCAACAACCUGAAGGAGAUGAACAGUGAUAAAAUCUCUCCUGACAGAAGCAUCAACAUCUUCCACUGUCUGAUGGAGAUGAACCACCUCUCAUUAUUUCAGGAGAUCCAAGAGUUCCUGAAGUCAGAGAACAGAUCAGAGAAGAAACUCUCUGAGAUCCAGUGCUCAGCUCUGGCCUUCAUGCUGCAGAUGUCAGAGGAGGUUCUGGAUGAGUUGGACCUGCUGAAGUACAAAACAUCAAUGCGGGUACGACAGAGACUGAUUCCAGCUGUGAGGAACAGCAGAAAGGCUCGACUGACUUGGUGUGGACUCUCAAAGACUCACUGUGAAGUUGUGGCCUCAGCUCUGAAGUCCAACCCCUCCCAUCUGACAGAGCUGGACAUGGGUGGAAACAGAUACCUGCAGGAUUCAGCAGUGAAGCUUCUGUGUGCUGGACUGGAGAGUCCAAACUGUCGACUGCAGAGUCUGAGAUUGAGCGACUGUGAUUUGUCAAAGAUCAGCUGUGAUUAUCUGGCAGCAGCACUGAAGUCCAACCCCUCCCAUCUGAGACAGCUGGACCUGAGUAGUGACUCCUUGUCUUCGACCAACAACAACAAGCUGCAGGAUUCAGGAGUGAAGCAUCUGUGUGGUUUCCUGGAGAGUCCAGGAUGUGGACUUGAAACUCUGAGGUCAGUCACAUGUUUUAGUUGUGCUGAGAUGAAUAUGAUGUGAAAGUUGUGCUGACACUAAACUGCAGACAUCAGGCUGAUAUUAUACUGAUCCACACUGAGGAUCUUCAUGGUAAAGUCUGUUUUCUUCUUCUCUGGUUUAGUCCAUUGACUGCAGCAGAACAAUGUUCACAUUUCAAACCUUCAAAGAAGAAGAAAAAUCCUCCACUGGAUAAUUCACUGUGAAACUCUCCAACUCUUCAUUCCACCUUAAAGUCUGUCUGACACUGAAAUCCAAAGCCAAAUGUGUGUUUGCUUUACAGACAGCAGUCCAACACAAACAUACACACAUCAUCCAAAACACAGUCCAACAUCCAAAUCUCCUCCACUGCCAGCAUGAAUGAUGGGAAAGAGAAGGAGGAACACUCUGACAUUCAGGGUUAGAAUGAGUUUCAUGAAGCAGACUGUGAAGAUCAAAGCUGCAUUAGAAGCUUACAUGAAUGAAUGAGUGGACAGAAGUGGACAGAGAUCAUCUGAAGCACUUCAAAGGCUUUAAAUCAGCACAUUUCUCUUUAUUCUUUAUCAACUCUGUUAGUUUC